AUGGAACAACAGCAAGCUGGUAGUUCUUCUAACCCAACAACAUUACCUACACCUAAUACAGAUCGGAGUCCCUCGAGAGACGAUGUAGGAAGCUCCCAACAUUCACGUCGGGUAGGACCUACAAACCCUCUCGCGUCGUCAUCAGUCUCGCGCCCAGCAUCUAGUGAGAGCUCUGGUAUUAAUAGGCGACCAGCUGCGCAACGGUAUUUUCACUCACGAAGGCUCAAGAAAGGAGAGGAAGUAGAGAAGCCCUGGCUCAAGAAGAAAGACCACAGAGAGAAAUGGGUUACUAUUCUUCCUGUUACGGGUUUCUUGGUGGGUUUGGGCAUAUCUGCUUUUCUGGUAUGGGACGGGCUACGAUCCGUCGCUAAGCAUAAUUAUUGCUUAGUACUUGAAGAUAAUUUUGCGACCUUCAACGAUAACGUAUGGACAAAAGAGGUCCAGGUCGGUGGUUUUGGCAAUGGCGAAUUUGAACAGACUACCGGAGGUGAUGAGAAUGUCUAUGUACACGGCGGCCAUCUCUUCAUCAAGCCAACCCUUCAAGAUGCAAACCUAAUCACUAAAGAUUCUCUAAUCAACCUCAUAGAAGAUGGAACAUGUACUUCCAAAGAACCAUCUGAUUGCAUAGCUGCGACGAAUACCACCGUCGGGAACGCAACCAUCGUCCCCCCUGUUAAAUCUGGCCGCAUUCAUACCAAGAAAGGAGCAACUAUCAAAUACGGCCGCGUUGAAGUUACCGCUAAACUUCCCGAGGGAGAUUGGCUCUGGCCGGCCAUCUGGAUGAUGCCCGUCAAUGAUACAUACGGGCCUUGGCCAGCUAGCGGCGAGAUCGAUAUUAUGGAGAGCCGAGGGAACAAUUGGACAUACGGUCAAGGAGGCAACGAUAUCGUAUCGUCGGCUCUACACUGGGGACCAGAUCCUAACAAUGACGCGUGGUGGAAGACUAAUGUAAAGCGUAAGGCUUUGCAUACAACAUACUCUUCCGGUUUCAAUACGUUCGGCGUCGAGUGGUCUCAGAAAUACCUCUUCACCUAUGUCAACUCCCGCCUCCUGCAGGUCCUCUACACUAAUUUUGAUGAACCGCUUUGGAGACGUGGUGGUUUCCCUGAGGCUACUAGCAACGGUUCACGUUUAGUGGAUUCUUGGUCCCGGACGGGACGUUUCAGCACCCCCUUUGACCAGAAAUUCUACCUAAUAUUGAAUGUCGCCGUUGGUGGCACUAACGGUUGGUUCGAGGAUUCACAGAGCGGCAAGCCGUGGAUUGACAAUAAUCCCAAUACCAAGAAAGAUUUUUGGAACGCACAGAGUUCGUGGUUACCAACUUGGACCAGCCCGUCAAUGGAAGUAAGCAAGGUUAUCAUGUGGCAACAGUGCGACGGGAACGAGGAGUUGUAA